AUGGCCACCGUCGACGCCCUCCCCAUGGUUUCUCCCUCUCGUGAUCUACGCUCCGCUCGGCACGAGUGGAAGCGCACCUUCAAGGACCCACGUGAGAAGUGGCACUACGGCCACCGGUACCUACCCGGCGUCCACGUCAAUCAGAUUGCAAGCCUGAAUGAGACUCUAUACCGUAACAACAAGUACAUGGUCGCACACAACCCACGGUUGCACGAGACGCAGAAGACGAAAUCUAGGCCGGAGAAGCGGCGACCUGCGUAUCGCGACUUCCCAAAAGAAACAGGUAACCGCAUUAAGCCGCGGUUGGCAUGGGGGUUCUCGGCGCGCAACUUGACGAACCAGAUUUAUGUCCAGGACGAAAUUGAUGACAUGGAGCGGUUUGUAGACGAGGAGGUUGAGACAAUGGACACUGUGGAGGGAGGUUUCUCUCCAGAGGAUAUCCAGGCCGCGAUUGCGGCAUCCCUGGCGGAUGCUGCUGCAAACACAGAGAGCUUGACAAAGGAACCAACCGCCACAGAGGAUGCAAACCCCACGCCUUCAGCUGUCGACGACAGCCCCUCUUCUGCGCUGAAUGACAUCAUCGAGGCACCCACCCCGCCCCCGCUUCCUCUAGAGGCGUUCGUCAAGACCACCGGGAGGGAGACAGAAAGACUUGUAGAGCGAGAGUAUGAGGUGCUGGAUGAUAAUGGCGAGGUCGUGAAGGGGAAGAGAGUCAGGAGAGUGCUGAGGGGCAACAAGGGAGGGACAUCGCCCAAGGGGGAUGAUGACCUGGAGGGGUUCGAGUUGAUUUGA